CAACUUGAAACAUGAUCAAUGUCAGUUUAGGUACGAACAACAUAUGGUCAUUGGCUCGGUCGGCGGUGGGUGCUCGCAGCUCGCUCUAAAUCUCUACAGGAUUCUAGUCUGACGCCAUCAAAUAUUAUGAUGCGGACGACAAACAUGGAAGGAAUCUAUCGUCUCGUCAAUUAAACGAGUUCUUCAGCUGCUCCGACUCGACUCAACUGAAUUGCCAAAGCUUGAUUUGGCCUCUUUGUUUUUUCACGCCGCAGUGUAGUUAUGACACCGAGGUCGCGUCAGAGAAGUACCUUUUUUUACUUACUGCACGAAUCAUUAACAAUGAUCCACGUAUUAUCGUUGUGAUGCAAUUCUGUGCCAACAGUAGUAUCCGCGUCUCGCCGUGACCGAAAAUUGCUAGCCAGCAUUACCCUUCAAAUGGAGCUGGUGAAGGUAUCCACCCCCUUGUAGUACAUCCCACAUUGCCACCAUGACUUCAAGAGGCAUUCCGCUUGACGCCGCUGCAAUAAUGUCAACAGUAUUAGAAGGCAUUUUAUACGGGUUCUCCGUCCUCAUGUUUAUAGGUACCAUCUGGGCCCUGACCUACAAGCGUCGCGUGAAGGACGUCAAUCGCCUAAUCGCUGCAGUAACUAUUAUGUUGUUGAUAUUGAGUACUGCGCACAUGAUUGUAGAUAUCAUUCGUCUCGAGGAUGGAUUGGUGAAGUACCGCGACACGUUCCCGGACGGACCCGCGGCGUUCUUCGCAGAUGUGUCCCAGGAAACUUAUGUGGUCAAGAAUGCGAUAUACAUAUUGCACACUCUGCUCGGAGAUGGGGUUGUGAUAUAUCGCUGUUACGUUGUUUGGCAAUCCGUUUGGAUCAUCAUCCUGCCAAGUUUGCUGUGGUGCUGUAGCGCAUUCACUGGGUUUUCUGCAGUCUACAGUGUUUCGCAAGCCACUAGCAAUGCCGGAAACAUCUUCACAAAGGCAACUGGACAAACUUUCUUUGCCUUGACACUUUCUACCAAUUUAAUUAGUUCAGGAUUACUGGCAUAUCGCAUCUGGAAGAUCGAACGUAAUAUCUCUGCAGUGCGCACCUCAAACAGAACUUUGACGCCCAUAUUGCGCGUGCUUGUGGAUGCCGCUAUUUUAUACUCUGUGGUGCUCUUCCCUACACUUGUCUGUUUCAUCCUUUCGAACAAUGGGCAGUAUGUUAUGCUGGACAUGCUCAUGCCGAUCAUCUCGAUUGCCUUCUACAUGGUGCUCAUUCGCGUCGCGAUCAGUAAAAACGCUCACGAAUUCCCCUCGACAACUUUCCCCAGUGGGACAAUCAGUGAAACAGCACGAGAAGACUCGCAGCAACAUCCUAUGAAGCCUUUGCGCGUCCACAUAUCCCAUUUUACGCAGAUGAGCGAUACCACGACGCACGACAUAGGGACUAAUGAAGACCUAUCAUCGACAUGCAAGGUGGAAGAGCCAUCUUGCGCCGUGUAACCUGUUGCAAUAUUUUUCGCUGCUUUUCAGUUUUGACAUUAUUAUAGGUUAGUGGGCAGGAUUUCACAAUCAUGUUCAACAACUUAGUACUUGGAGUCACGUUGUCUUCCAUGCUAAAAUGUAGUAGGAAAGGACAAUAUUUAUUUAUAUGUGCGCUGAAUCGGACAAGAUUUACACCCACAGCUUUCUCGACCUACGUUAAUUUUUUUUGAACAAUCCCAUCUAUUAUGAUUUCAGACCUACAACCUAUGUAGACACAUGGGACAUAUCUAACACCG